AGAAGAGCAUAAUUCUUAUUUAGAAAAGUUCUCUGAUGUAUUUAUGUCGAGUAUAAAAUCUUCGAUAUCUGAUGUUGUGGCAAGUCCUGACUGGGAAGAAUUCCCUGAAGAUUUAAGAAAAACUGUUAAAGAAAUUUCGAAUGAAUCCCAAGCUCAUUUGUGCAAUUGUCGAGGGAACCUACAAGUUUUGGGAGUUGCACAGUCCUUAGACAGCGACUUUGGUCCACUGAUUCAGAUCCAACAAUUAAUGAUGACAGAUGAUAGAAUUCGUCACACUCCAAUAAUCAUCAGUGGACCGGCUGGAUGCGGAAAAUCUACUCUUCUUUCCCAGGUCUUUAUGUACUGCAUGGAGUGGUUAGGAACUGAUGUCAUUAGAAUAGUAAGACUUAUAGGACAAAGCCCAGGUUCAAACUACACUUCAGAACUUCUACGAAAUUUAUGUCUUCAUAUCAGCUUGGUCUUCGACUUUGAUAUAAGCCCCAAACAUCACAGUUACGAACUUGGUAAACUCAGUAUCUGGUUUCAGGAUCUCCUUAAAUUAGUGGAAAGAACAACAAGUGAUUUGGUAAUCCUUCUGGAUGAUCUGCACGAACUAAAAUGCCCUCCUAGUAACCAGUCAUCUAUAUUAGGUUGGCUCCCUUGGAAUUUACCUUCUAAUGUUCAUAUAGUGUGUACUAUCAGUGAAGAAGCUGAUAGUGUAUUAAGACUCCUUAAACCUAGGAUUUCCACAGGAGAUAAUUUUGUUCAGAUUUCUCCCUUAAAUGCUCAAUCUGCACUUAGUAUGUUGCACUCUAAUCUCAGAGAUUCUAAAUAUAAUCUGACAAACGAACAGUGGGAUAUUAUUAAAGAGUGCUUUUCAACAAUGUCUGUGUGUCCGCUAUAUGUCAUCAUGUUGUCCAAAUACAUCAAAAAGUGGCCAUCUUGGAAAGGUAUCAUGAAAGAACAAGUACCUUCGAAUCUGCAGGAGUUAGUUAUUCGAAUAUUGAUUGAUAUGGAAGACAGUUACGGAGUUGCUUUAAUUACUAAAGUUGCUACUUAUUUAACUUGUACUACUUAUGGAUUAAGAGAAGCUGAAAUUGUUGAGCUUUUAUCUUCUAUGGAUGAUGAUAGUUUCUCUCCUUCUUAUUGGCUAAGCAUCAAAUCGUCGUUCAUGGUGCUACUAAAAGAAUACUAUGUGGGCGGAAGACCAUAUCUACAAUGGAGCCAUCGAGCAAUUGCAGAGAAUGUGAGAAAAAGAUACUUAUCUCGUCCAGAAGAUCGUUAUUCCUGUCACAACGAUUUGGCUCAAGCUUUUCAUUUAGGCUAUCUUGCUGAGAAAGAUAAAAAGGAACAAUCGGUAAGUGGUACAACAAAAUCUAAAGACGAUCAAUCGGAUAUUCUUCGAGAAUUGGAUGAAUUGUGGUUCCAUCUACUUCAAUGUGGCGACUUGCAGAAACUCAAACAGGAUGCAAUUUGCAAUUUUGAUUUCCUAUUUUCCGCUACCAAGGGUUCUUCAAUCAGUUAUGUAAGAAGUAUCCUUGAACUCGUGAGGUGCAAGUUUUUAGACUGGGAAGUGGAACUGUUAUAUACUUUAACUAAACAAUCUGUGGAUGUACUGAGUCAAGAUCCACAACAAUUAGCAACCGAAAUUAUGAAUUGGUUAAAGCCAUACGCAGAUAAAUCAUCACCAGUAUUGGAAGGAUUAGUUAGCAAUGCUUUGGAGUGGUGUAAUAAUAUAAAAAAUCCUUUAUUGGUUCCAAAAAACUCUUGGUUAUCUCUCACGCUCCCGUCACAAGUUACCGUGAUGACGUGUCCUCAUCCCAUUGACCAUAUGGUGACCACACCCGAUAGUCAGCACUUAUUUUGCAGUCACGGACGAGAUAUACACAUGUACCACAUCCCAUCGAAGGAGAGUGUUCGAUCACUGACAGGUCACAAAGAUGAAAUUACGUGCAUACACAUGACCGUAUCAGGAAGAUGGUUAGUUAGUGGAUCCGAGGACACUAAUGUUAUCGUAUGGGAAGCAUGCAGCGGGAAAAUGAAACAGCGACUUAGUCAUCAUAUUGCGGGUGUAUUGUGUGUGACCACUACAAAUUCCGAAACAUUGAUAUUGAGUGGUUCCGAAGUUGGAGUGGUGAUUGUAGCCAGAUUGGAUACUGGUCAACUAGUACAAAGACUGGAGAAUCAUCGAGGUGUCAUCAAUUGCAUUGCAGUCAAUAAUGGCGAUGAUAUUUUCGCUACUGGUUCAUCAGACUGUACAGUAUGUAUCUCGAGUUUGGAAGACUUCAGUCUGCUGAACACAAUUUAUUUGACUUCAUCCAUCUGCUUGAUGGACAUUUCGAAUGACAGCACUUUUCUUCUCCUGAACUGUAAAGACAAUACCGUACACGUCAGAUCUUUGACCACCGGAUCCGAUGUCCAUUGUCUGCAAGGUUAUACUGGAUCAGUUACUAGAUUAUGUUUCGCUAAAGAUAGCUGCAGAUGCGGGGUUGGCACUAGUGAUGGCAAGUGUUACAUAUAUGACAUUCACUCUGCCACUCUAUUGCAGACAUUAAUUGGCCAUUCGGAUCCCAUUUCUGGGAUGCAGGCUCAAGAAAAUGAUCGGUUUCUCAUUAGCUCCGCUGGCAUAAAGAUCGUAGUAUGGAAUUUCAGUCCCAGAAAGAAAGAUACUCCCAUUCAUCAUCUAAAAACUAAAUUAAGAAAAGUCGACAGCCAUUCCGAACCGGUUUCCUGCGUAACAGUUUCUAGAGACGGAGUAUUUGCAGUAACAGGUUCUAAAGACUGUCAAGUAAAGGUGUGGCAUCUCAACACUGGAGAGAUUCACACUACUCUCGAAGGACAUUGUGCAGCUGUCACAUGUGUCGCCUUCUCUCCCAAUGGUUUGUUUGUCGUCUCUGGUUCCGAAGAUACCACCCUUAGGGUCUGGGGAUUGGCUGUCGGACUUGUCAUUUCUUCAUUUAAGGAACACCAAACGAAGGUUACAGCCGUAGUCGUAUCGUUCGAUAGUAGAAGGAUUCUUUCUGCAGAUGUGCAAGGAUAUCACAGGUUUUGGAUGGCCGACAGCGGUGAGCAGUUGUACGCUUGUAUCAAGCCAUCUGCACAAUUGUACCUGCAUGCCAAUAUUGUAUUUGCUGUGUCUGGCAAAAACGAGAACAGUUUAAAAUUCUGGCCGGUAUGUGAUGUAGGAGCAGAGAAAACCGUUAGCCAUAGCGACGCCAUUUUGUGUUAUACAGUGACACACAACUGCCAGACUAUAAUCACCGGUUCUCAGGACAUGUCUUUGAAAGUAUGGGAAGUGGCUACUGGUAAAAUAACACAGGUUCUGGUGGGUCACGACGGUGCAGUUCAGUGCGUGGCUGUUGCGCCUUACUGCCCUACCAUGGUUGUAUCCGGUUCGGUGGAUUGUAGCCUAAUUAUCUGGGAUAUGAUGACGGGAGCCGAUAAUCUUACACUAAGAGGUCACACAGAAACUGUCAAAUGCGUUAAGCUUACUUUGGAUGGAAGCGUUGCCGUUUCAGGUGCCGACGACAAUACGCUACAACUGUGGAAUACCACCAACGGGCAAAGAAUAGCCAUGUUAGAUCUUCACGUGGCUAUGAUAACUAUGGUAACUUCCGUUAAUGUCAGUGAUAUAGUUGUCCAGCUGGUAAAUCAGCAACAGCUCUCGAUAUUAAGUCUGCAUAAUAAUCCAGCCAAAGGACUAACACUCGAACCACCAACUUGCUUAUCCAUGUCAGAAGAGACAAAGUUAACAGGGAUCCCUGCCAGAGGUGUGCUGCCCAAACGCGUUCUACUCAGAGGCAAUCUGAAGAGGGAACAGUCGUUCGAUUCUCUGUAUUGGGAUCUGAGAUCUAACACGCCUAGACUGGAGCCCAGCACGGGCCUUGACGAUUUCAAAAGAUCUCUUAUGGGAUCGCGCGAGCAGUUAUCGCAUGUGGGAGUGUGGGAUGGAUCACUAGGUCGUGUACGUAGUAUGCAGCCGGAGGGACUGCCCCUGCAACCUAAAGCCAAGUUACCAAAGCACAAACUUCUUAAAAAACAACAGAGUAUGUUCGCGUUUUUUCCCGAGUUUUCGUCGCAACCCAAGUCUAUAGUACAAACCCCCAAGAUGGAGCUGGAAAGCAAGCAAGAACUAUCGAGAACGCCGGAAACGGUUCACGAAUGUCCCAGUAGAUCGGAAAGUUCCGAAGAAGUGGACAACCCAGAGAGUCAUGUAGAUAGGAAAUCUGCUUCGGUCAAGGAUUCGUCCAUCUGUCGCAUCGUGUAAUGUGCCCAAUUGAAAGAGCAAUAGCUAUCAAAGCACACGUUAACUAAGCGAUUAACAAUCAUACGUGAGUGUCGUGCAUAAUGUUUAUCUGUCUGUAGAAUAGAGAAAACAAAAUGGACUCACUCCCUCGCCGCAACAAAAAAAUGUCGUCUGUAGUUCGAGAAGUGUUUGUGUGAUUUGCAUCAGUUUUAUGUUUUUAACGGCUGGUUGAAGGUUGACGAGUUCGAUCCGAGCUUCGAUUGAUCAUGCGAUCAACAAACUCAUCCAUUAAAAACGUAAUCAAAGUUACAUUUCAUCAUCUUCGUAAUGGCGGAUUACGGGAAUGAUUUCUGAAUGUACUUCGUGAAAAAUAAAUAAGCCAAUCACGCAAUACACAAAAGUAAUUCAAGAAACAAUCGAAUCACAAAAUUAAUAACAUUAUUCCUUGUAACUGACGUAACAAAUUUGUCACGUGAUCAAUCGAAGCAUUCACCAUCGCGAUCGAAUGGAGUUUUUUCGUUUUUUUUAAACUUAAAGAAAAAAAUGAUCAUGAUAUGUAGAUAAACCUCGUGUAUAGUACGAAUUUUAAAAACCCAGAGCGAUUAUAGUUCUGACUAUGCAAAGUAUACAUUUAGCGAUAUUCAUUCCUCCUAAGAAAAGCGCUUGAAGAAAUCGAACCCGGAACCCUUAAGCUGUUCAUUUUUUGCGCAAAGCAACGUCCCACAACAUAUACCUUUGCAUCAGCACAUUAUAUUGCACUAAAAUGCAUUAAUUUAUCGAGUUUACCAUAAAAUAUAUACCUAACGAAUUACAUUUAUAUAAACAAUCAUUUUUAACCAAUCAAAAUCCUUCAUAUUCGAAUUUGAAUUUUAAAACCUAGGCGAGGACCAAAUUGAUGGUUGCUAAGCAACAAACAGCAUCCAUGUUACUCUGCAGCUGGCUGGGAACAAAAAUUGAUAAAUAAAUAAUGUACACAAACCUAUAAUUAAUUUCGCGUGUUCGAUAUCAUUUAUGUUUUAAGCGAGUAUUGGUUGUGAUUUUGUUUUUAAAAUAUUAAUAAAAAGUCGUAAAUAAAUAAAACAAUCUAAAAUUAUUUUUAAAGUUUUCAAUAUUUAUAAAUAAAUAAAUAAAAAUAAAAAUAUAUA